GCGAGCAACGAGCAUGGUGUGGGGCACGAAGGCCGGCGUGACCGACUUGGUGCAGAAGCUGCAGGCGCAGAACACCAAGUCCAUGUACAUCCUUAGCACGCGCAAGAUCACGUCCGCCGACGCCAUCUCGCUCGCCUCCGCGCUCAAGUCGCAUCCGACCAUGGAAGAGUUCUACAUCUCGGGGCACGUCCUUGGCGCGGACGGCCUCGAGGCCUUUGCCAACGUCCUCGCCACCAACACGGUCCUGCGCAAGCUCGCGGUGGGCACCGAAGCGCUUGGCGACGCUGGCCUCGCGAUCCUCUGCGCGGGCUUGGCCAAGAACCCGGCGUCGGCCAUUCAGGAGCUCGACAUGGAGCUCAAGAGCAUCAGCAACGACGGUGCGACGGCGCUCGGCGCGAUGCUCGGCACGAACAAGAGCAUCCGCCACCUCGUUCUCGCCCGCAACAAGAUCCACACGCAGGGCUUUGAGCACCUCGUCGCCGGCCUUGCCGCCUCCAACGCGGUCCGCGAGCUCGAUAUCGCCGAGAACGAACUCGUGUUGCACAGCGACGCGUCGUUGGCGCUCGCGCAGUGGAUCCGUCGCCAAGACUGCUCGCUGCAGACCAUCAACCUCGCGGGCAACCCGCUCGGCGACUCGUGCGUCGCGUUCUUUGAGGCGCUCGCGACCAACACGUCGCUGACGUCCUUGAACCUCUCGUCCACGCAGCUGUCGCCGGCGGCGUGGGCCGCGCUUGGCCGCGCGCUCGGCCAGAACGCGACGCUCCAGACGCUGGAUGUCUCCCAGAACAAGAUGGCCAGCAUCGAGAGCGUUGCCGCCGGCCUCUCUGCGAACGCUGGCCUCGUGCGCCUCGUGCUCGCCAAGACGCAGCUCGGCGACGACGGCGCCAUGGCUCUUCGCACGCCGUCGACGCUCGUGCACUUGGACUUGAGCGCGAACGGUCUGACGAGCGUUGGCAUGCGCCCGCACCUCGCCUCGCCGCUCAAGGAGCUCCGCGUCUUUGACAAUGCGCUUGGCGCGGGCCUCAUGGACGUGCUUCCGACGCUUCUGGCCAACCCGGUUCUCGAGGGCCUCGACGUUGGUGCCAACGCGCUCCACGGCGCACUGGCGAUCGCUCUCUUUGAAGCGCUGCACACACCGACCGCGCUCAAGACGCUUGAAGUCGGCGGCAACAACCUCGGCGACGCUGGCCUCGCGGCGCUCGAGGUCCUCCAGGAGCGCAACCCGGCCUUGGACGUGGCCAUCGACAAGCGUGGCGGCGGCGACGACGACGCAUAAGCCGUUUCAUAAAUAAGAACGUAGAUUUACGACAAUAAGAUAGGAUAUCUAGAU